UGAGCCCCGGAGGUGGAUAAGCUGGUAGAGCCCGCUCUCUCUCGUGCCAUGCUGGGCCAGAAGGGCUCCAGAAGACGCAGCUAGAUUCCCGAGAACCGGGGAUGGAGGAGAGGCGGAGGGGGGAAGGAGGAAAAAAAAGUUUGGCCUGAACCUGCCAGAGAAACUUUCAGCAUGAAGCCUCGCUGACGCGCUGUUUUCCCCGCCAGCUCAGCAGAGAGAAAGAAAGCACUCCGUUUCUUCACUGCUUUUAUUUUUCAGCACCACAGCUUGUGUUUUCUUCCCCCCACCCCCCCGUCUUGUGUUGUUUUCUGCGUGGAAGGCUGGCCGGGGCUCGCUGUCACUGCGCCUUGAGAUGCUGGAGUGACCAUGGCUGCGCAAGUGGCAUCGGCUCCGACCAGAACCAACAAUAAAAACAAGAAAUUGUCCGGCGGUUUGUGUCCGGAUCUGAAUUCUGCGAAGUCCGGAGGAGGAGGAGGGAGCGCGCAGAGAGCUGGACCGAUGCUGGGACCCGGCGAUGGGACUCUGAAUAAUGUGGACCACAACCGGCGGAGCGAGCUGAGCGCGCUCCAUUCAGCCUCCGCGGCUCACGGUGCGCCGGACGGCCUCGACAAGGCUGGGAAUAACCUCGCCCCCGCGCCGAAUCCGAGCGCCGCGUCGAUGGAAGCGGGUUCCAUCGCGAACCACAAGCUGAAAUGCGUCGGGAGCGGAGACCCCGCUCAGCCUCAGCCGCCGCAGUUCGGCCAGUUUGCGCCCCACCAGCGGCCGAUCCAAAGUAACAGCAGCGCCAGCAACAACGGCCAGCUGCCCCGCGGGGACAGGGGCAUGGACCAUCAGCACCACGGAGGGAAGGAGAACCUGUUGGGGGCGCAGGAGGAGCACCUGACGGGGAAAGGUGAGGGGGAGCUCACCUGUAAGCCCUCUGAGAGGAUGAUGAGCUCCAGGUUCGAGCAGCCAAACUUGGGGCCACCUGGCAACAACUCCGAGUUUAACAACAACUAUUACACCCCGAGGCCCUGCUAUGACCAACAUGGCGGGCAAAGCACUAUGGGAAUAACGCACGCUCACAACAACAUGGAGAACUCCCAUGAAGGAGGGUACAACAGCCAGUACGGGCAGUACCCGGCCUACCGGGCGGGCUACGGCGGCGGGGCCUACGGGAUGAUGGGCCCCUCUGGGUGCCGGCAAACGGGGAGCAUGAUGAUGGGCAGCAACUCCUCAGCCAGCCACCCCAAGCCCCCUCUGGGAGGCAGUUCGGGGGGCUUUCAGAGGUACCCGGGGCAGACUCAGCAGCAGCAGCAGCAGCAGCAGCAGCACCCCUCAGGGGCCACCCCGACCCUCAACCAGCUGCUGACAUCCCCCAGCCCGAUGAUGCGGGGCUAUGGGGGGCCCUAUCAAGACUACAGCGGGCCUGCGUCUCAGCAAGCCGGCAUGGGGCUGGGGAAGGACUUGGGGCCCCAAUAUGGAGCCACAUCCGCGCACUGGGGAGGCCAGCAGAGGAACCACCCACUGUCGGUGACCCCGGGCAGCGGAGGUCAAGGCCUUGGCAGAGCGCAGGUGUCCUCCAUGGAUUUUAUGGCAAUGAAGCGCUCCCAGCUUUAUGGCAUGGCCAACAACCCCUACCCUGCCGCUCAGCAGCCAGGGGGCGGACAUUACCCCCCCAGCCAGCCAUACUCAUCUCCUCCUGCGCAUCGAUAUCCAAUGAACAUGCCGACGAGGAGCCAAAUGGGCAUAGGAGGGAUUCAGUAUCCCCAGCAGCAGCAGGUUCCGCCGUAUGGCCAACAGGCGAUGGGAGGCUACAGCCAGCAGCAGCAGCAGCAGCAGCAAGGGGGGCCGCAACAAGGAACCCCUCCAUACUUCAGCCCCCCUCAGCAGACGCCUGCAGGCCCUACCCAGAAUUCUUACCUGCAGCCUCGAGCUCCACAGCAACAGGAGGUCCAACAAGAAAACUACAGCGUUAGAGGCUCAGCUUCAGGGAAUUCUGGGAAACCCAAUGAGGACGGCGUCGCCCACAUCCGCCCAUCCAGCCUCCCUGAUCUGUCUGGCUCAAUCGAUGACCUUCCCACUGGGAUUGAGGGAGGCCUGGGCUCAGCCGCCUGUGCUGGCGGAUCCUCCAGCAGCAACAGCAGCGGCAGCCAAGGGGAACAGCCAAACGCAAGUAACCAAGGACAAUCCCCCUUCUCCCCCCACGCUUCCCCUCAUCUUCAAAGCCAGAGGAGCGGGCCCUCUCCCUCCCCGGUGGUCUCCCCGGCAGGUUCCACACAGUCCCAGCAGUCCAGAUCGGGGUCGGGACCCAUUUCCCCUGUGAGUGGCCCUUCUGCAAACACACCUGCACCAGGUUCCGGCAUGGCGCCGCAGAGCUCGGGAAAUGGACAGGAUGCAGCUCAUUUGCAGAUGACACGCUCACCCAUGGCUCAGGAGAGAGGGUUCAUGUCCAACAUCCAGAGGAACCAGAGUGGCUCCCAAUUUGCUUCUCCACAGUCCCCUCACCCACCCCAUGGAGGAGGCCCACUGUAUCCCAGCAUGGGUCCGUACUCCCAGAGCAGCCCCGCUGGUUCUUAUGGACCUCAAGGAGCCCAAUAUGGUCACCAAAAUAACUACCCUCGGACGUCUAACUACAGCGGCUCAGCCAAUCCCAACUACAACAACAGCCUGGGAAUGAACGCCACCAGCCCCAUGCAGGGUCAGGGGCCCGGGCAGCCCGUUCCGGGGGGCCGCGGCCACGGUCCUGGCAGCCACAACAGAGUUUACACUUCUAUGGGUCCCAGUUCACCAAGCGUGCCACAGCCAGCUGGCCCCGGGAUGGGUCCUCCGUCGUUGGGAAGCUCUAACCGUAAGGGCCAAGACGCGGGCGCCGCAGGCAGUAUGGCAGGAAGCACCAACGCACUUAACAACAGGCAGAGCAGCUACCAAACUCCGGGUAGCAGCCAAUCAAGCAGCGUCCCCUACAGUCAGCCAAUGGGGAGCAACAAUUUAACCAUGGGCAAUACGCAAGCUCCGGGCUACAACAUACCGCCGUCAGGGGGCGUGGCUCCUCCAGGAGACAACAUGAUGAGCCCUGAUGGGAAAACAAAGAUGGACGUCAAAGACGAAGGCAACCUCAACAGCGAGCCACAAAAGCCAAAGAUGCCAGAAGGUUACAUGAACAACAACAGCAACAACACGUCCCAGCCAGCCACUCCAGGUGGAGCCCUGCCCGUGCCCUCGCCCCUCUCCCCCAGCCCCGCCAGUCUGUCCUCGUACCACGGCGAUGACAGCGACAGCAUCAGCAGCCCGCCGUGGCCUCUAAAGGCUCCCUGCAGCCCCAAACCAAAUCCCAACUCCUCCCUGGGCAGUGAACGCAUCGCGCGGCUGUAUGAGCUGGGUUCAGAGCCAGAGAGGCAGGUUUGGGUGGAGCGAUACCUGAACUUCAUGGAGGAGCGUGGCACGCCCGUUACCCAGCUUCCAGUUGUAGGAAAGAAGCUGCUGGACCUCUGGAAGCUCUACAUAGCUGUUCGGGAAAUAGGAGGCCUCGCCAUGGUAAACAAGAACAAAAAGUGGCGCGAGCUGUCCACGACUCUGAACGUUGGUACAUCCAGUAGUUCUGCCAGCGCACUGAAGAAACAGUACAUCCAGUACCUGUUCGCCUAUGAAUGUAAGAUGGAGAGGGGAGAAGAACCACCAGGUGACAGCAACAGUGGCAGCAGCAUCAGUGGAGGGGACAACAGGAAGCAGGUCAAGAUCCAGCCACCAUCGCCUGGAACAUGGUGAGCGUCCAGGAUCCCUUCUCAGAGGUCAGCGACCCUGCCUUCCAGAAGCGCCCUGCUGCACUACCUCACUCAGGACCCUACCAGCAGGGCCUCAGCAUGCCUGACAUGAUGAUGAGGAUGCAGUACGACACUAAGGAUCCGUUCGUGGGCAUGAGGAAGAUGGCAGGAGUUGAUCCCUAUUUACCAAGCCAGAUGCCCAGUGGUGGGAUGCAGGACAUGUACGGCCGCUCUCCCUCAGCCCUGAGCAUGAGCCAGAGGUCACAGUAUCCAUACGGACCUGGCUAUGACAGGAGACCAGAUCACUUGAUGGGGAUGGAGGGAAGUAUGGGCCCACCCGGGGGUCAGAACAACCUGGGACCUGCGAACAGUGAAGGCAGCAUGUACUCCCCCAGCAGAUACCCUUCCCAGCAGAGACACGACAGCUACGGGCAGCAGUAUCCCAGCAUGCCAUAUGGAAUGCAUCCAUCUGGGAUGUAUUCACAGCAACAGCAGGGUUACAAACGACCAAUUGAUGGAAUGUACGGCCCCCCAGCAAAGAGGCACGAGAGCGAUGUGUACGGCAUGCAGUAUGGCAGCCAGCAGCCGGACGUGUACAACCACUAUGGGGGUGGAUACUCUGGACCUGAGCACAGACCCCUCCAGGGGCAGUUCCCCUAUUACCACAGAGACCGUAUGGUCUCGUCGGGCCAGAGCCAGCACACUAUUAUGGGCGGGGGCCCCACCCCCAAUCACACCACCGACGGGCCCAACAUGUGGACUUCUAGGACAGACCUCGGCUAUCCGUACCCCAACAGGCCACCGUCUCAGAUGGCGCCGUACAGCUCCAUCUGCAGAGAGGACAUGGACGGUCGAGCGGGCCCGGACCAGUGGCACCGUCAGUCUGCCUACAUGCCAUCCGCCGGGGGAAUGCCGCAUCUACCGUCACGCCAGCCACUAUCGUACUCCAACUCCUCGUCCAUGGCCAACCAUCUGCCUAGAGCUCCCAGCCCGGGGGCCUUCCAGCGCUCCAUGGACAUGUCCCCAAGCAAAGCAUCCUUUAUGUCUCCCAUGAAAAAACCUGGGAUGAUGGGCCCACAGAGCACUGGCCCCAUGGGUCAUUUUCCUCCCAACCUGAGAAGGGACCUCAAUUACCCACCAGGGUCAACUGAAGCCACUAUGCCAGUUCUAAGACCCAGACGGAAGCUCACCUCUAAGGACACCGGAACACCAGAAGCGUGGCGCGUGAUGAUGUCUCUAAAGUCUGGCCUGCUGGCAGAGACCACAUGGGCUUUAGAUACCAUCAACAUCCUGUUGUUUGACGACAGCACGGUGGCCUCCUUCAACCUCUCCCAGCUGCCCGGAUUCCUUGAGCUCGUCGUGGAGUACUUCCGCCGAUGCCUGAUUGAGAUUUUCGGCAUCUUGGAGGAGUUCGAGGUGGGGACCGUGGCUCACAAGCACCUCUUGGACGCUGAUCUUAUUCAAGGGAAGGAGCAGGAAACGAACUCUACUUCCUUGCCGGAGACCGAAGCGUCCCCGCCGGCUGAUGGGGCGCAAACAGGAAGCACAAACCCAGAGGCUGCACCUGCACAAUCGUCUGACGUGCAAAGAAAAGAGCCAAACUCCAGCGUGAAAAAAGACGAGGAAGACAGAGAAGAAAGGGAAAAUGAAAAGGGGAAGGAGAGUAAAAAGGCGGAGCAGCGUCCAGCAGACUUAGAAUCAAAAGUCAAACAAGCCAGCAAGUACGAUAAAUUCCCCAUCAGGAUUGUGCCCAAUGAGGACCUGCUUGAAGACAUGACCAAGCACUUGGGUUAUGUCACAGAGUUCAGCAGUGGGCUGCUGCACUGGCAGGCGGGUGGAGGUGACUCCACCAAACACAUUCAGCUGCACUUUGAGCCUCGGAGUGACCCGCCGAUCUGCGCAGACGACAGGAAAAGGAGCGACUUCAGACAGAGCGACGCGCUGAAGGAUGAGCCACCGCGCAAACACAUCACUGCCACAAUCGACGAUGUUUUAUGCGCCAGGGUUGACGCGCUCUCAUACGCGCACCCCGCCCGCUCCCUACCAUCCUACCCCUUCAGGGUACACCCAGACGGCGCGGACGACGGCAUCACCCUGCUGGAGGACGAGCCCCACUGUCUGGACGAAUCUCCUCUUUGCACCAUCUCCUCCUGGCAGGACUCCUUGUCCAAGCGGUGCCUGUGCAUCUCCAACGUGCUCAGAAGUCUGUCCUUCAUCCCUGGCAAUGACUCGGACAUGUCCCGCCACCCCGCUCUGGUUCUCCUCCUCGGCAAGCUGCUUCUCCUGCACCAUCUGCACCCCGAGCGGAACAGGUCAGCUCCUAGCUACCAGAAGGAGGGGCACCAGGAGCAGGGGCUGGCAAGCAGCAAAGAGGAGUGGUGGUGGGACUGUCUCAGCCUGCUGAGGGAGAACGCCAUGGUGACACUCGCCAACAUCGCGGGCCAACUGGACCUCUCCACAUACCCGGACACCAUUUGCCUCCCAGUGCUGGAUGGUCUCCUCCACUGGAUGGUUUGUCCAUCGUCUGAAGCCCAGGACCCCUUCCCCUCGGCAGCGCCGCACUCUCAGCUCACCCCUCAGAGGCUGGUGCUGGAGUGCCUCUGCAAGCUGAGCAUCCAGGACGGCAACGUGGACCUCUUACUGGCCACGCCCCCUUUCAGCAGACAGGAGAAACUCUUCGCCGUCCUGGUUCGCUACGUGAGCCAGAGAAAGGCGCAGGUGUACAGGGAGAUGGCGGUAGCUGUCCUCUCCCACCUGGCACAGGGGGACCCCACGGCGGCACGGGCCAUCGCCAUGCAGAAAGGCAGUGUGGGGAACUUGGUAGCCUUCCUAGAGGACGGCGUCAGCAUGGCGCAGUACCAGCAGAACCCUCACAGCUUGCUGCACAUGGGACACCCCCCUAUGGACCCGCCAAGCGUAAACAUGAUGUGUCGAGCAGCGAAGGGCCUGCUGGCGAUGGCCAAAGUGGAGGAGAACAAGACAGAGUUUGUAUUGUACGAAAACAGAUUGUUAGACAUCUCCAUCUCCUCAGUGCUCAACACGGGAGUGGUCGCCAUUAUUUGCCAAGUUCUGUUCCAUUUGGGAAAAUUAUGACAGGAAGUGAGGCGGGACUCAAUCCACGAACACUGAGGCCAACGAGAUAUCUGUGUUUUCUAUUUUUAUUUAUCAGAAAAUGACCGUUUCUUUUGUUGUUUGUUUGUUUUUUAAAUAAAUAUCCAGCUAAGCAGAAAUGUCUAUAAAGUUUUAGUGUCAUUGUAAAAAUAAAAACAAAAAAACGGUUUGGGAUUUGAAAGCUCAUUUUAAUAUAAAUCUUUAUUACUUGCUGGUGUUUGAUGUUUUUGAUUUUCAGCCAAAGCUGCCAACAGAUGUGGGUGCUGAACCAUUUUUUUUCUCCUUUUUUUUGUUCCUUGAUUUACUAUAAAUGCCACUAUGCUCAUUGACAUUUUGUCAAUAGAGAGUAUUUAUUAAAAAUGUGACUCUGUACAGUCGUUUGACCUUUUUUUUGUUGCCAACCGCUGUGAGGUAGGGAAGGACACUGAAGAUUUAGAUGUCUCCAUCGCUGGAAGAUAAACUGUGCAAUAGGACCAUGAAAAUAAAAAAAAUAUUAAUUAAAAAAAGGUUUUCGAACACCUGCAGUGCUUGCUUCACAACAGGAGGGGGCGACAUUGCAUUAGCCAAUCAACAACAGACCAGGAAAAAAAAUUGAAGUGGUUGUCAGUUCUAGCCUCAAAGACUCACACAGAUGAACUUUGUGUGUCUGUUGUGUUACGUCUGUAUUUUUUCAUCAAUGUGUACAUAAACCCUUGUGCAAUAGUCGCACACGAUUCUUUCUGAGCAUAGCGAGAUGUGGAACUUUCUGACUAUUAUGACAAAUGCUUUUAUUGUUGGUAAAAUUUGGUAUGGUUACAAUACAUAUUUUGUUAAAUAUUUGAAAAAUGACAUAUGUACCUGAUGUUUCACUGUACAAACCCCUGUAUGGAGUGUAUUAUAGCUGAGAAAACAAUCGCUUUGGUAAUCAAGUGUGGAAGUGCCAGGGUGAGAGGAUAAGAAAACUGAAAAAUACUUCUGUUUGUUACUGUUCUCCAUUCAUGUCAAUGGGCAUCUUUUUUGGAAUCUGCUUACGGUUCUAAAAGAAAUACGUGAAAAAUGUCCUCAGAGCUUAUUGUAAAAUUUGCCUUUUUUUCGUAUGACUCUGUGUCUUUUAGUGCAUAUACACAUUUAUACUCUGUGCUGCACAUGUCAAAAAUAAAUGUACGAUGAACAUUGUUAAGCACUGGAGACGUUGCAUUAUGUCCAGACAAUCUUGGGCCAAUAAAACAAACAUCAACUGCUUA